GGAAGACUCACUUCUCACCUUCGACAACUUUUGGUUUGAAGUUGACAGUUCACAGUGAGACGUCAUGGGGGUCGCAGCUCUUUGCAUCAGACUGUUAAUAUCUGUGAUCGUCCUACAACGUGCACACGGUCAGGAAGGCAACGCAGUUUUGCAGGUUGUCCCAAACAAACUGCAGUUCUUUGAAUAUGACACUGUAAGUCUUCUUUGCAAAGGCCUCGAUAGCUCAUCCGAAUGGAAAGUUGUACAUAACUCCAGGGGAAAAUCCCUUCAAUGUUCUAAUACCAGGACACCAACAACACUGACAUGCACCUUCAAAGGUAUUUAUAAAGAGGAAAGUGGAGAAUACUGGUGUGAAGCUGGAACGAAGAAGAGAAGUAACAGCGUCGUCAUCACUGUUAAUGCUGGUUCCGUCAUCCUGGAGAGUCCUGCUCUACCUGUAUCAGAGGGAAAGGAAGUGACUUUGCGUUGCAGAAACAAGACGACCUCCAGCUCUAUCUUUGACACUUAUUUCUAUAAAGAUGGAGUCCUCAUGAACAACAGUACCACAGGAAACCUGAUUAUCCCCAAUGUAUUCAAGUCAGAUGAAGGACGGUACAAGUGUAGCAUCUCUGGAGCUGGAGAGUCUGCAGAGAACUGGCUGAAUGUUACAGCUUCAGGUUUUAAACUAGGUGGACCCAUUACUCAUUCUUCCUCUGGUAAUGCUGCCCCAUGGAUCGUCAUCACUGUCCUGUUGACAGUUCUGCUGGUAGUGCUGGGAAUACAUCAUUUUGUCAAACAUUAUUGGCCCAGAGUGCUUCUCUACCUGUCGACACUUUCACCUCGAUCAGACUCAGCAGAAGAAACAACAGAGCCCAGUGCUGCAGAUCUGUCAGCAGUAACGUACGCCGCUGUCCGAAAAAACAGGCAGAAGAAAGAUGAAGAUGGACUAUCUGCACACAUGUACUACAUUUUGGACUUGAAAGAUGACAAUCAAGAGGCAGGACCUGGAGUUUCUGCAGCUGUUACCAACCAGCCUUCAGCAGAUGAGUUCUAUUCUCUACUCCAGUAGGUUUCUGAGAGAUGGCUGACAAGAAAAGAAACUCUGACGUUCAGUUUUGCUUCUUUUUUAUGUGUGUGGUUUGAGGAAGUGGCACACUGAUGUUCACUGUUAUUUAACUGAACACCCUACCACAGGCAAAAACGGAUCCAUAAAAAAGCCAAUAUAUUUACUAAAAGUUCUGUAUUUGUCCAACAGAAACCAGCAUAGGUAGAGCAAAAGUGCACUUCAUCAUUUUUAGAGAAUAACUUCCACUGGGUGUUUUUUUUUUUUUUUUCAUUGUUGGUGUGGAUACAGAUCUAAAGUUUAAUAGUUAUGUCAGUUCAGGUCACUCAGAUACUUAACGCUGUCAUUGACUUGAAAAAGUGUGAACAGUGAAACUUUGGUCUGUCUGCACAUCCUGUUCAUACAUCUGAGACCAGUGUUCACAAAAAAAAAAAAAAAAAAAAAAAAAAACAACUUUCCAUAGCCUUUAAAUAGAGUCACUGUGGUAAACUGUUGUCAAUGUUCACAGAGUCUGCACUAGAAACAUCACGUAAACGUUGGAUAUGUCUACAUAAAGUCUGGUGAGAAGUACAGGAAACCAAAUGUGAACGUAAAUAACUCAGUUUUUUUUUCAUGUAAAGUGUUUUUGUGUGCUUUUUUCUGUAGUUGUUGAAUCUAUCUUUAAACCAAAGUCUGAAAAACAUCAGUGUAUAUGUCACAAAUAGAACCAAACUAAUGAACAUGUGACUGGUUAAACAAAAGACUGACCCAUGUCAUGUCUAUGUACA